AGCGGAUCGCGCCGGGACACGUCUCCUUCUUCCACAGAACACUCCGAGCCGAAAAAGUGGUACGAGGACGACGCCGCUCGCUCCAUCCCCGCUCGUUUCGUAUCGCCGCUUGGCUCCGGGCCCCGCCGCCGCGGCGCUCCCCUAUAUAUACGAGGCACGAACAGAAGCACUUCACCUCCCCUCCACAUGCACUACUCGAGCUCGAUCUGACCAGCAGUGAUCGUUCGGUGGUGCUCUGUUUCUUGGCGGCACCACCAAUCCACCAACCAUGGUCGUCCUCGUGAAGCCGCCGGCGCUCGACCAAAUCUCGCUGGUGAGGUCGCCGGAGACCGGGGGCGGGGGCGGCCCCGCCUUCCCCGGCGUGCCGGCCGUCGACUUCUCGGGCCCCGGCGCGGCGCUGGCCGUCGUGGACGCGUGCGAGCGGUUCGGGUUCUUCAAGGUGGUCAACCACGGCGUGCCGGCGGGCGUCGCGGACAGGCUGGAGGCCGAGGCCGUCGCGUUCUUCGCCAGGCCGCAGGCGGAGAAGGACGCGUCCGGCCCCGCCGACCCGCUGGGGUACGGGUGCAAGCGCAUCGGACGCAAUGGCGACAUGGGGUGGCUCGAGUACCUCCUCCUCGCCGUCGACCAGGGCUCCGUCGCCUCCCCUGUGCCGUCGCCCUCGCUGCGGGACGCGGUGAACGAGUACGUGGGCGCCGUGCGCGGGGUGGCGGCGUCGGUGCUGGAGGCGGUGGCGGAGGGGCUCGGCGUGGCGCCGCGGGACGCGCUGAGCAGGAUGGUGGCGGGUGCGGCGAGCGACCGGGUGCUCCGGGUGAACCACUACCCGCCGUGCCCGCUGCUGCAGCGCCUCCUGGACUCGUGCGCCGUGACGGGCUUCGGCGAGCACACGGACCCGCAGCUGGUGUCCGUGCUCCGCUCCAACGGCACCGCCGGGCUGCAGCUCGCCCUCCGCGACGGGCGGUGGGUGCCCGUGCCGCCCGACCGCGACGCCUUCUUCGUCAUCGUCGGCGACUCCCUGGAGGUCCUGACGAAUGGGAGGCUGAAAAGUGUGCGGCACCGGGUGGUGGCCAACAGCCUGAAGCCGCGGGUGUCCAUGAUCUACUUCGCGGGGCCGGCGCCGGCGCAGCGGAUCGCGCCGCUGCCGGAGCUGCUGGGGCGCGGCGAGCAGGGCCUGUACAGGGACUUCACAUGGGGCGACUACAAGAAGGCUGCCUACCGCUCGCGCCUCGGCGACAACCGCCUGGACCCCUUCCGCAUCUGAUCUAGGCGAUAGGCACCGGGCGCACCACACCUGUCGCGCCAUGCCCCUGCCUGCCAAGUGCCAGCGGCGGGCCUCCCUGCUCCUGGAGAUCAAUGGAGGCCAGUGCACUACUGAUUGCUGGACCAGGAGAGCUAGGUAGGUGGGUGGGGUUGGAUACAUAGACAGGUGUGUGCUCUGUUGUACUACGGACUGCUCUGUUAUAUGCAUGCUUUGUGUUGCUGCCGAUGCCAGCUUUGCGACUUUGGUAAGGGUGGGAAGGUGGAAAUGGUUAUCCGAAUUUUUUGCAUAUUUGUAUCCGCACCUAAUAUGGAUAUCUGUAUUCGUAUCCGAUUGUAAUGUGGU